UUUAUUUUCAGCCUAGGUUUAAUCUUUCCGCUAACGAAAGUUUUCGAACCGAAGGAUCGUUCGCGUCUUUAGGUGCGCGUUAGUUCGCAUGAGAGGGAUAAAUGUUUUGUGUGUGAGAGAUGAGGCUUGCAGUGAUGCCUGACCGUGUCCAGUGCGCAGGUGGCUGUGGGCGGGGAGACGCCUUAGUGUUCUGAGAGCAGCUCGCGGGGCCGUGUUUGGCAGAAAUGGCUGAAGCACCCAAGGUGACGCGCCGGCCGUCCGCGCCGACGGUCCGCGGGCCGUACAUCUCCGUCGUGACCAACCGCGCCACGAACUUGGUCAUCCGGGCAGUAGUCCUGUUUUCCAUUGGGGUCUUCCUUGCUCUGGUGCUGAACCUGCUGCAGGUUCAGAGAAAUGUCACGCUUUUCCCUCCGGACAUGAUUGCCAGCAUCUUCUCCUCUGCGUGGUGGGUCCCUCCCUGCUGUGGAACAGCUUCAGCUGUAAUAGGCCUAUUGUACCCCUGCAUUGACAAUCAUCUGGGAGAGCCUCACAAAUUUAAAAGAGAGUGGUCCAGCGUGAUGCGAUGUGUGGCAGUCUUUGUAGGGAUAAACCAUGCGAGUGCUAAAGUGGAUUUUGCAAACAAUAUGCAGCUGUCUCUUACACUUGCAGCCCUCUCUAUUGGUCUGUGGUGGACCUUUGACAGAUCCCGCAGUGGGUUUGGGCUGGGAAUGGGCAUCGCUUUCCUUGCAACCUUAGCCACUCAGUUAUUAGUAUAUAAUGGUGUUUUCCAGUACACGUCUCCAGAUUUUCUGUAUAUACGGUCCUGGCUGCCUUGCAUAUAUUUUGCUGGAGGAAUUACAAUGGGUAAUAUAGGUCGCCAGCUAGCCAUGUACGAAUGCAAAGUUGUUCAAGACAAGACACACCAGGACUGAAGACUGCAGUUUAGGUUGUGUUCAUAUUUUUUUUCUAACUGUACUGUGCAUUUUGACUAGAUAAAAAUGCCAAAUUGUAAACGUAUAUAUCGAUGUAUGAUAUUGAAUUACAAAAAUUGCAAGCAUUGCAGUUUUGUUUCUUUUGUGCGGUAUUCGUCAAUGCAAUCUGUGAUUGCUACUUAAAAAAAAGAUUAGGUAGUCUGAUGACAAAGCUCAUCAGUAUGCAAUAGACCAUUGAUAAUUUAAAAGAAUCCUUCAUACUGCAGCUCAUAAUUUGAGACCUUUGGCUAUGUGCCAAACUGUUUUACAUCAGAUACAUCUUCGUUCAGAACAUUUGUACUUUGCAUUUCAAAAUGUAGUUUUGUGUCUGUAGUUUGCUAUAUAUAUUGAUAACGUUAUCUACAUGUGAUGUAGGCUUUUUUUUCAGAGCUUCACAACUUUUUAUGAUUCUGUAGUCUUUCUGCCCAAGAAAUGCACACAUGUACUGUUAUACUAAUAAUAAUUCAUCAAACAUUGGCUCCAGUAAAUAGCUUGACCAUAGAUGAUCCCUGGAGUAUAUAGGUACAUAAGUUGUAAUUCCAUUUAGGAAAGGGAGGUAGUUAUUUAGUAGUCUUUAUUUUUCUCAUUUCUACCAUUAUAAAUGAGGACAUAGAUAACAGACAUGAGAAGUGUUGAACACAGUUUUAUCUAAACAAGCUGGAGUAAUGCUUUAGAAAAAUAUCAGUCUGGUUUAUAUUCAAUCCUGAACCAGUGUUCAAUUGUGUCUGAACUGGAGCCAGUAAAAUUAGAAGCAUUCUGCAUCAGACUUGUCCAGUGAUCUUCGCAUGGAAUUGUACAAGAUGCAAAAUAAGGGAUUGCUUAGCUUGUUUUAAAAUAGCAUUUAAAUCUAUUUAAAUGAAUCAGAUUUGAGUUAGCUUGAAAAAGCAGAACUUUAAUAAGAAAUUUCCAUUUGUAAUUAUUAAGGAUUAAUUAAAAGAAAUAAGAAGAAGUAAAAAACAUUUUAGUAUUCUUCUAUAGAAAUUACUUGUGCAGAGUAAACUAUCGCUGGGGUGCUUAUUGAUGGAUGGUGAAAAGAACAGUGCUAAUCUGUCAGUUUUGUUAUAUAUUGUAUAAAAGACGGGAGGCAUUCAAAGCUUAAUGAGCUGCAUUAGGUCAGUGAUGAAGAGGAAAUGUUGCAAAUGUCUCGUUUUAAGUCUUCAUUCAGUAUUGUUACUUGUAAAACUCAUGACAAAUGUUUGCUCUCACUGAUGGGACUGAUUCAAUUUAAAUUUUAUUCAUGUACGUCUUUUUGACAUUUGUGAAAUAAUGGAACAAAAAUAUGCCUUCAUAAUGGAAAUCAAGUAGCGUUUUUUUUAGCACACUUUUUAAUUGCUCAGAGUUUCAUGAACGCCUGGUGAUUUUUAAAGUGAAGGACAUCUUAGUUUACAUCACGGUGUUUCCUUCCCGAGUAGUUCCAUCUAUUGUGAUAGUUUCUGUGCUGUACAACAUUUGUACAUUAUUUGCUGUCAACAUUUUGUGGUUGGACUGGUUCUGAAUUUUUGGUGCUCAGACAAGCUGCUGCUGAUUGCUUUCAGGGACAUGGGAGCCUCUGCUCACGUUUGUCCUGUCUGUUUUGAAAUGGUGAAAAAACCUAUGUACAGUACAUGCAGUUAUUUGGGCCUUAUACUGAUGUGCUGUUACUAAUGUACUGUGUUCAGGUUUUGUGCUGUCAAAGUAACUUGUCGAGAAGUCAUUAAGUAAAUAUGAACUGUGGGUUUAGACUUGGGGAGGGCCGCUUUGUCCCCCCUUAGCGUCCUCCCUGUGUUUGAAGAUUUUGACUUUAAAGUACAGUUUUUGACACCAGACUUUAUUCAGGCAUCUGCCCCUGCACACACGUCUGAGCCCGUGAAGCUGUAGGACCUGCUCUGAGAAACAGCCUGUUUGCAAGCAGAGCAAUGUCAGACGGCUGGACAGAACCGUCUGUAAUUUUCAAAGAGCACAGUGGAAUCUGGUUAAAAAAAGAACAGCCACGGGACUUUUAGGAAUCGAGUAAUUGCCCUCUUCAGCAUUCAGAAUGAAUAAUAAUAAUCCGUAUUUUAAUUGAAGUAUCAUCGCACGGGAUAUAAAAAAGGGAGCUUUCUGUUUUUGUACCAAGGUUUGUGUCCGUAUGUCAUGUUUUUUAAUCUGUAUUAAAUAAUACAUCCAGCAGA